GCUGUUGUCAUCAUCAAUCGUCAUUGAAUGUUUACUUGCGCCGUGUUUCGCAAAACUUUUCUAGUUUCCCGUACAAUUUUGUAAAAUUUCGCUUCAAAAACCCCACAAAAUUCUUCACAGUCGGUGUAUAAUGUUUGCGCAGUAGUUCGCGUGAGAGUGUUCAUAUUUUGGAAAGUGAUAGUGAUUGAUUCGCGUGCCGGGGGACAAAGAAAAAAAAAACGCGAUGUCUUCCGAGAUUCUGUUCGUGAUCGAGGGCACGGCCAUAAAUGGGGCCUACAUGAACGACAUGAAGAGCAACUACAUCAUUCCGACGUUGGAAUACUUCUCGCAGAGCACGGUGGGGGAGGAACGCGGAGGUGGGGAUGGCUACGGGACGGACAAGAACGGGAACCAGUACGGGAUUGUGGUGUACAAAACGGCCCAGAGCUUGCCGGGAGUUUGCUGUACGACUUUCGGGCCUUACAACAGUGCCCAGAAGGUUCUUGGGGCGCUGGACCGGUUGGAACUGAGCGGCGGCAAGAGCGAAUCCAAUGCCAAUCUAGCGGAGGGAUUAGCCACGGCACUGGUCUGCUUCGACGACUUUGACGAGCUUCGGGAGAACGGGAUGAAGGUGCACAAGUAUUGCAUCCUGAUUGCGGCCAGUUCCCCUUACUCGAUGUACGUUACGGAAUGCUACGCGUACGAGAACAAGAAUGUGGAACAGCUGGUGGGGCUGUUCUUGGAGAAGAACAUCAACCUGUCGAUUAUUUCGCCGCGCAAGAUUCCGGUGCUUUUCAAGCUGUUCGAAAAAUCCGGCGGGGAUUUGAGUUCGUGCAGCACGAAGAACUACUGCAAAGAUCCACGCCAUUUGGUGCUGCUGAAAGGGUUCAGCCUGAAGGAACGGCCAGUGAGUCCUCCGGUGAACCAGGGUGGUCAUAACCAGGCGGGAAGUAUGCCCAGUCCCAAUCCGAACCAGCAGCAGCAGCAACAGCAACAACAACAACAGCAGCAGCAGCAACAACCGGUUGGCAAUCAGAACGUGAUGGACAAUGUCGGAGGGAACAUGAACAUGGGAAGCAUGGGCAACAAUCCGGGCAUGAGGGGACCGAUGGUUGGACUGCAGCAGCAGUUACAGCAACAACAGCAACAGCAGCAGCAACAGCCUUGCCGGAUGAACUUCCCUCAGGGCAACAUGGGCAAUCAGAUGUUCCCGAACCAGAUGCCGAAUCAACCGGGCGUUGGAGGAAUGAAUUACCAGCAACAGUUGCAGCAACAACAGCAACAACAACAGCAACAGCAGCAACAGAUGCGUUGGAUGGCCCCACCACAAGCUCAAGGGCGCAGCUUUAUGGGCCCUGGUGGAGGCGGAGGAAUGAACGGCAACCAGCAGGGCCGUCCUCAGCAACAACAGCAGCAGCAACCGAACCAGAUGAUGGGCAACAAUCCCCAGACGAAUUCGGUUCUGAUCUCGCAGCUGACCACUCCACCGCACUCGAUGAAUGCCCAACAGCAGAUGAACCAGGCCAACAAUCCGCAAAUGCGGAUGCCAUUCGUCAACAGUUGUCUCCAGCAGCAGCAGCAACAACCAGGCCAGCCAAUGUCCCAGCAGAACCUUCUGCAGCAGCAGAUGAUGGCCCAACAACAGCAGCAACAGCAGAACAUGCAAGUCCAAGGCAUGCAGAACCAGAUGGGAGUUCCCGCCAACCAGAUGGGCCCCAUGGGCAACCAAAUGAUGGGCGGAGCCAAUCAACAGCAACAACAAAUGCAACAGCAGCAACAGGUCGGAAUGCCCAAUCAGCAACAGCAGAUGGGUAUGGUUCAACAGCAACAGCAACAGCCGCAACAGAUGGGACAACCCGGACAGCAGCAACAGCAAAUGGGCCAACAGCAGCAACAACAGCAGCAGCAACCUCGCGAGCGUAUCUGGUCCGGCAUUCUGGAGUGGAUCGAGAAACCGAACAAGAACGACUCGACCAAGGUGACCCGGCAGGUACCGUGCUCGGUUUCAGCAAAUAUCCGAGAUGGGGAACCGGAAACACGAGCAGACAACUGGCCGCCUCGGUUGAUAAUGCAACUGAUGCCGAAGACACUCGUGGGAAGCGCCGGUGGGCAGUACAUUAAGGAAUCGAAGACUGUGGUGUUUGUUCCGCAACCAUGUGAAGCGCUGGAGGCCCUCUCCAAAGUGAUGAAGUCCGGAUUUGCCGGAUGCGUACACUUCACCACAUCGCCCAACUGCGACAUCAAGGUGCUGAUCCUGCUGUACACCGCCGAGAAGAACGCCUACUUGGGUUUCAUACCGAACAAUCAGAUGGCGUUCGUCGACCGGCUGAAGAAGGUUAUCAUGCAGAACAAGAUGCAAACCUCCAACCAGCAACAGGCAGGUCAAGGUUCCGGCAUGGGAGGUUCCGGCCAGGGCGGCAUGAUGCCUCAGCAACAACCUCAGCAGCAACAGCAACAACAACAACAACAGCAACAGCAGCAGCAGCAACAACAGCAAGCCAAUCAACAGAUGAUGGGCGGCCCAAUGGGCCCGGGCCCCGGACAAAUGGUACCCGGACCAGGUCAAAUGGUCCCAGGCGGAAUGCAGCAGGGACCCCGCAUGGGGGGAAUGGUUAAUCAGAUGCAACAGGACCAGUUCAAUAACUACGGAAACAUGGGCAACCAGCAGAUGCAAGAUCCGAGCAUGCAGAUGACCCAAGAACAGCAGUACAAGAUGUUGCUUCAGCAACAGCAACAACAGCAGCAGCAACAACAACAGCAACAGCAGAGAAACAUGGGUGGCCCCAUGGGAAAUAUGGGAAUGAACGUCGGCAUGCAGAACCAGCAGCGGAUGAUGCGUCCGGUGCUGUCGAACAAUCCGGGCCUGAGACAUCUGCUGCAGCAGCAACCGAAUCCGCAGUUCCGCCAGCAGAUGGCCAUGGGCAAUGCGAACAAUCCGCUCGGGCAGAUGGGUGGCCAGAGGCCAAACUUGCAACCGAACCCCAGCCAGGCACCGUUCGAUGACGCUAACUUUGACUUUAUGUAAAUCUGGUGGACGAUGGGCGCCGGUUAUUGGUGAGUAUUACACGGAACUAAUUACUAGAAGUGCAUCUCGAAGCAUAUGAAUGGACAUGUUCUUACAAUUAUGAUAUAAAGUAUUUGAGAUAUAAAGUCCAA